GUGGCAGCUGCACAGCUCUGCCUGCGCUCAGCACUGCUCUUGCACACCGAGCGGGUCCUGCUUCCAGACUCUGCCUCAGGAGCGCAGGAGCAGAGGGGGAGGAUUUCCAGCACAGGCUCACUCAGGACGGGGGCGGAGGUUGCAGAGACCAUCACAGACAACGUCCAUGACUCUGAAAAACAUCAAUGAUGGACAAACAAAACGUGAAUGGCUUCCAUCCCAAGGUCUCGGUGAACGGACACCAGAGAAGGCAGGUGCCAUAUUCAGUGGAGACCCCCUAUGGCUUCCGCUUGGAUCUGGACUUCCUCAAGUAUGUAGAUGAUAUUGAGAAGGGCAACACCAUCAAGAGGGUCCACAUCCAGCGGAGAAGCAGAGGCCCCAAGCUCAGCGUGCUGCACCGAAACUUCAGCCUCCCCGGCUACAGCUACAGGCCACCCUGGGCCUCCACCCCCGCCCUCGGGCCCAAUGCCAAAUCCCGCCUCACGGAUGCCCAGCAGGUCUUGGAGUUUGGGGCCUGUGAGGAUGGGCCUUCGGGUGCCUCUGGGUCACCUCGGGUGAGCUACAUGACUCUGAGGGCAAUGGAGGAUGCCAGCAUCAGGGCGUUUGAUGAGCAGCCACCUGGCGUCCACGUGCGGCCGUACCUGCUGAGGGCCACCAGCAUGCCAGUCACCACCCUGCAGAGGACCAGCUCAGAGGCCUCGGAUGAUCGGACCGCUCCUGCCUUCGGGGGUCUGUCUGAGAACGGCUCCGCUGAGGACGUGUUUGGGGAGAGGAGGGGCGGUUCACCCUCCAGCGACCCCAGCCUACGCCUGCAGCUGGCCUCUGCCCUGCGGAGGAUUGGGGAGCUGGAGGAGCAGGCCCGGACCGUCAGAGAGAUGAAAGCACAGAUCUCCACCCUGCGGGAGGACAAGGAGCGCCUCCUUCUCAGGCUCCGCCCCUCCCCCACAAAUGCUGCUGGACAGGGGGAUGUGUGCACAGAAGGCCAAGGCUCGAAUCCUCGACUACAGACUCCGGGAAGUUCAGGUGCGCCCAGGAACUCAGAGACACAUUCAAACGUGGAUCGUCAAAGGUUACCCUCACCUGUACCUGACCAGGAGACAGAAUGUGAGCAUCGGAAAUCAAGGCUUCCAGACAGAACAGUGGAGACUUCACUGUUACCGGGAGGACAGGCAGUAUUGGUUGUGAGAGAAACAGACAGAGGAGACCAGGGCUCAAGACCAACCAGCGGUGACAUCAUUCCUCUCUCCAGCAUUGCCCUGCAGGAGAGGAUCGCAGACCUCGAGCAGAAGCUCUGCAGAUGCAACAUAGAGCGGGAGGAAUCCAGCUCUCUCCUGAAAGCAUUGACUCAGGAGAACAAGCUGAAGGAGGACAGGAUCAAACAGCUGACAAGAAGGAGAAGUGUGGAACCAGGAGCCAAUCGGGAAGCAGUGCCAUCUGGGUUAGACGCACAGCGAAGAGACCAGGCAACCUCGAGCACCCAGACGGAUGCUGCGAUAGCACUUUAUGCCGCAGUGAAGGCGAGCUCUCUUAUAGCCGCAAAGCUUCCGGAAGCUUCUCUCACCACAUGCAACCAAAUCGUUGAGGGAAAUCCCCUGGAACUAUCAAGGAGUGGCGCCGCUGAAGAGAACCCUGCAGAUGGUUCCCCAGAAGCCGGUUCACCUGCAGAGCCAAACAGACCUGCUACAACCGCUGCUGUAGGGCUCUGUAUUGCUAGGAUACAGGUGCUACUGCAGGAGCAGUGGGAGUGCAUGAGCAGAGGGGACCCCGAUAACACCCUCCAGCAGCCAGGCUCCAAAAUCAGCUCCAUCCAAGCCGAGCUGCUCAGCUCCAUCCACACCCUCUCCACCCUGUGUACAUCCCCUGCACAGACCGCAGGGGCAGCACACCAAGCAGCACUGAAGUCCAUAAUGAAGAAAAGUGCCAGUACUGAGGGGCUGGGGGUCGGCGCAACCAAGAAGAACCUCAAGUUCGUGGGCGUAAAUGGCGGCUAUGAGACCACAUCUAGCGAGGACUCAAGCAGCGAGGAAAGUAUGGAGGAACAGAGGUGUGAGGGCAGAGAGAAGGAUGCUGUGGAGGAGAGAGGAGGGGAUGUGGAGGAGUCUGACGCUGGACCCGAGGAGGAGCAGCCGGGCAGGGAGCUGGUAGAUGAGGACUUCACAGCAGCCUGCUGUUACCUUAAAGACCGCCUGGAAGAGGUGGCCUGCCCCGACAACAAAAUGAGGCAGGUGCUGACAGUGCUGUACCACGUGUGGUUCCACGUGUCCAGUCAGAAGGACUCUUCGGCUGAAGCGGUGGCCCUGUGCCUGAAGCAGGCCCAGUUAUCCGGCCCCGCAAUUCUCCGCUUCCUGGUCAACCUGGCAGAUGGCAACGACAACAUGGCGCUGCACUACAGCGUGUCUCACUCCAACUUUGCCAUCGUCAAGCUGCUCUUAGACACAGGCCUGUGUGACGUGAACCACCGCAACAAAGCCGGCUACACUGCCGUCAUGCUGGCCUCCCUCACUGCGGCCGAUGCCCCAGAGGACAUGGUAGUUGCCCGGCAACUUAUGGAGCAGGCGGACAUCAACGCCCAAGCAAGCCAGGCAGGGCAGACGGCGUUGAUGCUGGCGGUGAGUCACGGUCGUACGCCGAUGGUGGGCCUCCUGUUGGCGGCGAGGGCUGACGUUAACGUGCAGGACCGGCACGGCUCCACGCCGCUGAUGUGCGCCUGCGAACACGGCCACGCCCAGAUCGCCCGCCUGCUGCUGGAACACGGAGGCUGUGACAUCAGCCUCGCUGACAAAGAAGGUCGCACCGCUCUCUCAGUGGCCCUAAGCUCCUCCCACUCAGAGAUAGCUGACCUUCUGCGUGCCUACAGUGACUCCGGGCCCUCCGGCAGCACAAGCCCUCAGUGAGCCCCUCGGCCCCCGUCCCAAACACAAGGCCUUCUUUCACUGGAUGGCCAUUCCCUCACAUGCUCGCGGCCAGCUUUCUCUUUCUCCCACAGAAUACAUAUUUCAAAUAUUUCCAGAUCUACAGUCAGACUAAUUAGCAUCUGGCUAUGGCCCAGUAAUGAAACAACAACUGCUUUACAUCAGUGGGAAGGGAAAGGAGGAGGGUGUGAGGGCGCUGUGUGGGAGUGACACGGUUAACAUGGAUCUGCUAUCAUUGCAAUGGGCACCGUUCAGUAUUCUUUUUUUUUUUUUUUACCUGAUGACAUCACACAAAUCAGAUUUAGCCAUAAGCACUAGCUUUCUCGACUUUGCCACUGUUUUACAGAAUGUCCUUUUGUAUGGAUACGGACUGGAGGGUUUAGAUGCGUGCUUCUUUUUAAUGUGCAAUUGUUUUCCUCGUACCCACUGCUCCUGGUCAGGCUGUUUAAUCUGACCCUCCAGCAGGAAACUGUGCAUCUAAACAGUGUCCAUCAAGGAAGCUGAAUUUCAUACACUUCUCCAAAAUAUUUAAAACCAAUCAAAGAACCAAUUGUGCCUCUCCAGUUCACUCCAUCUCAACACCAGUGUAUUAUUUAUGCAUUACGUAUGCAUUGCAUUUAUUUGGCAGACACGUUUAUCCAAAGCAACGUACAAUAAGUGAGUCAGUCAGAAUUUAUUAAGCUUUUAUAACUACAGCAUAAAUUUAAAGUUUUACUUGAGGCCUCCUGUAACAGGUUGUGGUCAUUCUGAUGAUGGUUAUGAGAUAGAUUGAUGCCUAUCGUAAAAGACAGAUGUGAUACAGAUUAUUGGCUUUCCUGAGUGAGUUAUAAUACAAAUGAAUGGUUGCCUAGAAUGUUGGUUAUUCAGAUGAAUGUUACCCUGAUUGAUGGUUAUGUUGAAUAUAAUGGUUGUUCUGUUGGAUAGUUAUAUAGACUAAUGUUAUUCUGAUUUAUCAUUGAUACAUAUUUACACUAUCUGCUUUGUUUCAGUGUCCUGAUUAUAUCACUAUGAUAUACAGACAAACCAUGUACUCCAUUAUACAAUCAUGUACACUGAAAACCAAGUAUUAUUUUACGUCUUAAAUUAUAUUGGCAUUUAAUUCAUAUAUUUAAAUGUAUCUGUGCAAUACACACAGAAUAUUGUAAAGAUUGUACAAAAAUUUAAAAUGACACCCUUUUUAAAAAACUAGUAUAUUUUCCUUGUCCGUCUCAUCUUGACACAUGACCUCAAAACGCAGGCCAUUUGAUGAGUGGGAUUUAAUCCAAAUCCGUUUGUGUUUCCAUGGUAUUUGACACUGCUUGACACUUGGAAACCGUGCCUGCAUUGUUCAGGCACAGUUCCCCGGUUACUGUUUCCGAGGACAGCAGAGUGCUGGCCUGAAUUGGGUAUUUCCUGACAUUCUUAUCGAUUUCCAGCCCCUUUUCCUGCGGUGUGUCUGUCGCACUCUCAGAACUGAGCGCGUGCAGGACUGAACUCAUGCAUUUCCUGCAAAGAGUAUCUAUGACCUUCUACCACAUCAGUGCAACUUGAUAGGAAAUAUUACCCUUAUAUUGUCAAACAGUCCUUUUUUAACACAAUGCAAAACCACUACUAAAUAAAAACAUGAUAGACUUUU